AUGAACCCCGUUAGCAACGUAUUAAUAUUAUAUAAGCUUUACGAUUAUAAAAUCGAGCUUUUCGAAAAAAAGGAGAAAGCGCUUCGGUACUUAUUAUUAUACAAAAUAUCGAUCUUCGAGCUAAAGCUUAUUAAAGCUUACUUUAUCGACAAUCUUAAUAAAGGUUUUAUCGAACUUUUAAUAGCGCUAUUUGCAGCUUUAAUCUUUUUUAUUAAAAAGCAAGACGGUUCUUUUCGCUUUUAUAUCGACUUCCGCGCGCUAAAUAACUUUAUUCGUAAAGAUCGAUACUCUUUUUUUUUAAUUAAUAAGACUUUCGCACGUCUUUUAAAAGUUAAACUUUUUACGAAACUCGAUAUUCGGCAAGCUUUUUAUAAAAUACGAAUAAACUUAGCUUUAAAAGAGCUUAUUAUAUUUAGAAUACGCUACGGUGCUUAUAAGUGCAAGGUUCUUUUAUUCGGAUUGAUUAAUAGACCCGCCACUUAUCAACGCUAUAUAAAUGACCUUUUUUUCGACUUUUUAAAUAUCUUUUGCACGGCAUAUUUAAACGAUAUUUUGAUUUACUUUUCCGACCUUUUAAAGCACGUUUAUUACGUCCGUUAA